GACGCGGGCAGAGACAGGCAGCCGGGGACCGGAGAGGUGAGUCCUGGGGCGCCCUGAGCGAGCCGGGAGGAGAGUGUUGCCUGGAGUGCCUGCGCUCCUGGAAGCCUUCCCGAAUUCGCGAACCGGGAGCGCGGAUGCCAUCCGCGCCCUGAAAUGGGGUCAAGGAACCUAAGCGAGAAGUAGUACUAAAGAGGUCAGGUAGCGCACGGUCCUUGAAUCCAAGAUUUCAAGAGAACGCACGAAGCACUGUUUAUAUUGGAAUUGGAGAUAUCUGCCUGUAGACAAAGGUGUCUAUUAUACACAAUGAGUGAUACAAGAACUUCACUUGAUAUUGAAGAGUACCCCGAUUGGGAGGUACAGAAAAACCGAAUACUAACCCUGGAAGAAUGGCAGGACAAGUGGGUGACCCACAAAAUUGGAUUUCAUCAAGAACAAGGACAUCAGCUGUUAAAGAAACAUUUGGAUACUUUUCUUAAAAGGGAGAGUGGACUAAGAGUAUUUUUCCCUCUUUGUGGAAAAGCUGUUGAGAUGAAAUGGUUUGCUGACCGGGGACACAGUGUAGUUGGUGUGGAAAUCAGUGAACUUGGGAUACGGGAAUUUUUUAUGGAGCAAAACCUCUCUUACUCAGAAGAACCAAUUGCUGAAAUUCCUGGCACCAAAGUAUUUAAGAGUUCUUCCGGGAAUAUUUCAUUGUACUGUUGCAGCAUUUUUGACCUUCCCAGAGCAAAUAUUGGCAAAUUUGACAGGAUUUGGGAUAGAGGAGCAUUAGUGGCCAUUAAUCCAGGUGAUCGCAAAUGCUAUGUGGAUAUCAUGUUGUCCCUACUGAGAGAAAGGUUUCAGUACCUCCUGGCUGUUCUUUCUUAUGAUCCAACAAAACAUGCAGGCCCACCAUUUUAUGUGCCAGAUACUGAAAUUCAAAGGUUGUUUGGUACAAAAUGCAAUAUUCUUUGCCUUGAGAAGGUCGACACUUUUGAAGAAAGACAUAAAACUUGGGGAAUUGACUACAUCUUUGAAAAAUUGUAUCUACUUACCGAAAAGUAAAUGAAAUAUAACUAAAAUAAGUCAUGUGGUUUUGAAAAUCAUGCUAAGCCUUAAAAAUAGGUGUUUUAAAAUUUUUUUAAUUUCUCAUAAGUCAAAUCAUAGAUCAUUGCUCAAAAAGUGCAUAUAAAUUUUUAGAGGAAAACUCGUACUUAAAUGUUAAGGUAGCUCCUUUACAGAGGAGUAUAUAACUGGAGGCAAAAUGUUAACCUGUGAGUCUUAAAGAUUUUUAAGAAUAUUUUUUGUAGUCAGCAUGUAUUCCUUGUAUAAUUAAAAGAUAAAAUAAAUAAUGCAUAUAACCUA